AUGUCACGUCGCCAGGAUUAUAUUGCCCGAAUCCGUUAUCAAAAUGACCUACCGCCUCCUCCUUGUCCCCCGAAGCUAUUGAAUAUCCCUUUAGACACGAGUAAGCUAGCUUCGUCACCGGCAGUGCUCACCAAUCUCGUUCGGAAACAGCCUAUAAAUGUUGAUAUCGAUAUUGACCUCGGUAUGCCCUUAGAUCUGACGGAAGUUCAGGGAAUUUUUGACCGGGGUGAUGAAGCUGGUAUCUACCCCAGCUCAACCGCUCCAUCAGUUGAUAGAUUAGAUCCCAAAGACAGAGCUUUACUACGGAACCCCAAAGGCAUCACCAGCGUAUCAAAAACACAACCUGGUGUAUCAUUUUUGCGUCGUACCGAGUAUAUUUCGUCAGAGGCGGUAAGACAAAGUAGUGACUCGCCAUUACGGUCCACUGCCUUGUUACGACAAAAACGACUCUCAGUGGUCAGUGGCCCCGAAGAACAGCUUAGAAUCGUUGAAAACACGUUCGAUGCUAGUGCUGAAGAUCUUUCUAAGCUCAAGCAUCCUAAAAAGAAGAACCUGAAGGCCGUGGAAUCAUGGCAGUUAUUCCCAGACUCGAAAAUGUUCGAUCUUCAGUACCUGUCAGUCAAGCUUGUGGGUUCUGCAUCACUUUCAAGCUCAAAACGGAAAUUUGCUCCCGAAUCACUGGAAACUGCUAUAUUCCGACAAAAUUCUGCUAGUAAUGGAGAAGAAUGGAUGUCUCUUUACACUGCCGAUGAAGAAACUGGUAAGAAGUUGAAGAGUCGUCUUGACUCGACAGAAGACACAGUGGUUGAUGACGAGGAAGAUGAUGACCAGUCGUAUAGAUUCACCCGUGUACAAGACAACGAUAUCGAUCUCAAACUCCAUCCCUCAUCUAGUUUUGCAGAAAUCGCUAUUAGCUUCACAGAUGAUGGCGAGGCUUACUAUCUACCAGUUGUGGGUAGAGCAAGUCUAAAGAGAAGACGUGUCACAACUCUUAAACAAGAGCUCAUUAACGAGCAUAACAUUGAUGCUAUCGACCUCUCGAUUCGUGAAAUCACACCUAAAGAGUCGGUUAUUCGUGAUAACCAGCGUUCCGAAUAUGAUAAGAUCUCGUUUCCUUACACUGAAAACGUUGAUGAUGAUGAGGAUGAGGACCGGCCCGGCGAAUCUCCAGAAGCCAACGAAAAUGAAAACGAUGACGAUGACGAAGAAAAUAACGACCUCGAAGAAAAUUAA